AUGUCGGACACAACAAACGGCGACAACAAACGCGCCUUCAGCCUCAUGAGCGCCGUCGCCGCCAACCUGGACAGGUUGCGAUCCAGCAUCGACGCCUUGCGACAGCUACACGACCGGUUCCCGGAUGGCAGCGGCACUAUCAUUAACCUCAUUGCACAGUUGAGCUCGCUCAAGGCAAAUCUGGGCGAAAUGCAGGACUGGAUGAACUAUGCAAUCAACGAAAUGCAUUCGCAACUACUCAACGACCUGGAUCUGCUGAUGACUUCGUGUUCAUUGCUCGUGCGCAAUCUGGAUAGUCUCACAGCGCAAAUGCGCCAACCCGACCACGACAAGGCGGAUUGGGCGCUGAAGUUGAAGUUCAGAGUCGGGAGCCGGUCGAUGCAUAGAUUAAGAGGUGUUGCGAAGAGGCAGACGGAUGCUGUGAGCUUGCUCUUGGCAGCAUGCAAAACCCACACAUCAGCACAGCGGAAAAUAUUAUUACACAAGAGUCGGCAAAUAAGAAAGGAAGAUGCAUCAUCACUCAACACCCUGGUCCGGACCUCGAGAGUCAACGGCCAAGCUAUCAAAGCACUCACGCACAUGUCGCGCAUGAUUCAAUGGUUCCGCCUGUUGUUUUAUAUCAAACUUUUAGGGAAAGCCUCGGAGGAGCCACCCACUGAGGAGGACUACCUCACUGCAGCAGCAGCAAUGCGCUCCGAUGCCAUUGACCGCCAAUUAGAAACCGACGAGCUUAACCUCCGCCGCGAAACGAAGCUUGUUCUGGUCGGCCAACCAAAUUCCGGGAAGGAACUUGUGAUGCGCCAAAUGAAAGUCCUCUACGCCGAUGGCUACCCCAUUUCGGAACGAUAUCAAUACCGCGUCGCCGUGCGGUCCACAGUCCGCCUGCUCAUCCACUCCAUCAUCGACCUCAUCAAAGACACAGGCGUCCCCCUAAACGAAGACCUAACACAAGACUUCGCCGUCCUCCUCCACGAAGUAGAAACAAGCGACAUGUCCCACCUCUCCCCCGCAGCCGUGACCGCAACCCAAAAAAUCUGGACCUCCCCCACCUUCUCUACACUCUACGUCAAAAACUUCGAAAUCGACUUCCCCCAAUACGCUCCCUACUACGUCGAGUCCAUCGCCCGCAUCGCAAGCGACGACUACGUCCCCUCCGAAGCAGACAUCAUCCGCCUCAACCAGUCCGCAGGCGGCAUCAAAGAGCUACGCUUCGCCUGGGACGAACUCGGCGUCCACCUCUUCAACAUCAACGGCUUUAUCCCCGACCAGUUCCGCAAACGCUGGUUCCACCAGCUCGAAAACGCCUCCGCGCUAAUCUACACCGUCGACGUAUCGACGUACGACCGUCCCUACCUAGGCCAACCCACAGAGUCCCAGCUCCUAGACGACUUCGCAACCUUCGAGUCGUACGCUAACAGCCCGAAGUUCGCGGGAAGCUCUAUCAUCCUGCUGCUGAACAACUUCACGCGCUUUAGAGAGAAGCUGCCGCAUACGCCGCUGGAAACCUUUUUCAGCGAUUAUGUCCCUCCGACAGUGGCGUCGCCGAUAGCCCCGCGCUCUGCUACGUCGCCGAGUAAGCUGGCGGCGUCGCCUACGCCGUCUGGUGCGACUGCAGACGCGGAAACAGCGGCGAGACAGUACAUCCUUCGGCGGUUCAAGGCCGUUAACCGCGCGAGGCUCUCGAUCUACAGCUUUUGGGUCGAUCUCGAUAUGUCUGAUAACACGCACUUGUAUGCGGCGCUGAAGAAGACGCUGCUGCAUAUUGCGCAGCGGAAAGCGCGGAGCGAGGUGUGGAGCGAGAGUAGUGGUGGGAGGGAUAGCGCGAGGGGGCAUCGGCGGGAUUGGAGCGGGAGUAUGGGGGUGGGGAAUGGGAAUGGGAGUGGGAGGGGAGUACGGUGA